AUGAACUCUAAUGGAUAUUCAUCACCAAUGCAAGAUCGAAAUAGUUUAUCUGCAUCAUCUACAACUGAAAUAUAUCUUCAACAACAACAACAACAGCAAAGAAAAGAAAAUUCAUCAACAAAAUUUCGUCAAUUUAUAAAUGCAAAUGAUAAACGUGCACAAAGUAUUGAUCGUAGAAAAAUAUCUACAUCCAAUUUAGCAACUUUAACUCCACAAAGUCAAGAACUUAUUUUACAUGCAUUUGAAGCAAUUAAAAAUGAAGAUAGUAGAAAUAUGAUGACUACAUUGGAUGAAAGUCGAGAUAUGUUAAGAAGUUCAUAUGAAGAAUUUCAACGUGAACAAGAACAAUACAAAAAACAACUUGAAGAAAUUACAAGAAAUAAAGAAUUAGCAAUACAAAGACGAAAAGAAAAUUCAAUACCAAUUUCAAUUUUUUUACGACAAAAACAUGAUAUUCAUGGUCUUGCUGAUCUUCGUCCAAAUUCAGGUAUGAAUGCAACAUAUCAAGCAUAUUUUGAAGCACUUCUUACAACGGAUCAAAAUCAACAACAACAUCCAUCAGAUAAAGCUGCCGUUAUUAAAUAUAUACGUCGACGUGAACGACGAAAACGUGCAGAAGAAAAUCGAAAAAAUGUUGAUUUAUCUUCGGAUAUUCUUGAAAAACAAACAUCAGACAUAAUAGACAAAAUGGGUGGUAUGGACGUUAAAUUAGAACAUGAAAAAGAAAGACAACAUAAUUUAUUACGUACAAAAAUGAAUGAAAAAAAAAUUAAAACUCAAAAUAUAAUUGAAGUUGGUCAAAUAAUUGAUCAAGCUCAUGAAGCAAAUUUAGCUCGUCAACGUGUUGAACAAAAACAUCGAGAAAAAAUUGAAGCACGUCUAUCGGCAGUACGAAACCAACAAAAUCUAACACCAACAAAUAUAAUUCAUGUUCAAAGUCGUUUAACUGAUUAUGAUGAUGAUGAUGAUGAAAAUUUUGAAUUAAAUGAUGAACAAAGAGAAGCAACAAAAACUUCUAUUCAAUUAUUAAAUAAUAAUAAUGCUUAUAAAUCUGCACGUUCAAUCACACCUGUUUAUGGUAAUGACGAUACAAAUGAAAAAAUUUCAAACAUUUAUAUAUAA